UUUAAAAUAUAACAGAAAUGAGCGCCAUCAAAUUCAUUUGUGAGACAAAAACUAUAGGCACUGCUUUAGCGUAUAGAAACAAGUCUACACACUUCAGCAGAUAUUUGGAGAUAAUUUCAGAAGCCCAUUAUUACUUUUGAUUAAAGUAAUAGUUUUUCUACUUCUGAUCUUAAAAGGUUUAUCUAAUCGUCCUUACUUUUAUUGCUAAGUGAAUCCUGGUAAAGAAGUUUCCCUUUUGACAGCUGCUGUGACUUUGCCAUUGGUGUAUUUACAAAAAUUACUUUGUUUUUACAACUUUCAAAUAUGAAGCUUUACCAUUAACAUGAAAUUUGUCCAAUCACUGUGUAGCAGCUGCAAACCACAUACACGCUUAAACUUUAGCGUCCCAUUUCGUGAUAGUUCAGCUUUGACUUCUUCCGUGAUAACAACUCAGUAUUGUCGUAUUAGCAGUUUCUGAUAAGAUAUAUGUCAGAUUCGUGAAUCUUGAAUAUAAAUACAGCAUCAACUGUAUUGGCUAGAUUUUUGGUAAAUAUAAACUAUAAAUAAGCGUAAUAUGACAAAAGAACAGUUCAUUUCUUUACAAACUAUUUUUCUACGGAUAAUAUUUGGAUCACUGUUGAUAAGUUACGUAACUUCUGUGUCUAGUGAUCAUCCAAAUAUCAUAUGGGUUCCACUGACGUGUGAAGUAUCUUUAUGUGAAAGAAUGGAGAGGUUGGAAACUAGGACGACUGCUGCAGCAAAUGCAUUAUCUGAAGUUCCAAGACUUCGAACUGAAGUAAGAAAUUUGGAUAUGUUAAUAAAUAGUCUAGAGAAAAAAGUAAAUUAUCUUAUUAAUUCUAUUAAAACGAAAGAUACUAGAAAAGACGAAGAAAACCUUGCAUUAUUAUUUCAGAAAGUGGAAAAUCAGGAAGCAAUUAUAAAAAAUCUCACUGAGGGACUAGAAAUUCUAGAAACAGAAUUUCGUAAAGAAAGAACAUUUCACAGUUCUUUAGAGACUCGGACAAAUUUUGUGGAAAAACAACUGAACCAAACAGAGGAGCUAAAACCAAUUGUAAAGGAAAUUCAGAAGAAAAUUGUAAAAUUAGAAAACAGCAGUAUUGCUGCAGAAAAUGGGAUGAAAGCAGAAGUAUUCCAACUAAAAAUAGAAAAACUUGAAAACUACUUAAAUAACAGUAUAAACAUGGAGAGAAAAUUAAGGGAUCUCGAAAAUAUUGUUGAUGCAAAAACAAAAAAUGAUUCGAUAGUUAUCGCAAAAUUAAACGAUUUAGGAGAGAAUAUUAACAAUUCUACACAGAUAACUAGUGACACAAUUAUUUUAAAACAUCAAGAGCUGGAAAAGCUUAUACUGAGUAUACGUACUAAUAGUACAUCGAAAGAUGAGAUGUUAGAGUAUGUUAAUAUCUCUGUGGAAGAAAGAGCUCAGCAACUAAACGAAACCAUCCGCAAAGUUCAGGAAUAUGUUGAUAGAAAGGUUGAAUAUUUAGAAAAUACCUCCAAGUCAUCUGAUGUUUUAUAUAAUCGUUUGGAACUAUUACAGAAUGACGUAAAUAUAACAUUGCAUAACUUUUCUGAUGUAGCUGAAAGAAUUAAACAUCUCGAACAAGGUUUAAGUGAAACAGUAAACCUUACCAAAGAUUAUUUUCCUAAAAAAAUUAGAAAUAUUGAAUAUACUAUGUAUGAAAUCAAUGACAGUUACACCGAAAAUGAUAUUUCUGUUAGAGAUUAUGUAAAUAAUUUAACCUCUCAUAAUGCGCUACAAAUGGAAAAGGCCGAGAAAAAGUGCAAUGAUAGUUUGUUACUGAUGUCUGAAAAAAUGAAGAAAACUCUUGAUUCGAACUUAAGUGGAACUCAAGAUAGCAUCAGCGAGUUAAAAUUGAACAUACUAAGAAAAUUAGAAGAUUUAGAAUAUCUGUUCAAUUCUACAACAGAGAUGAGUUUAAAGAAUACCGAAUAUAUUAAAACUGUAGAAGAGAACAUCAGUUCAAUAACAAAUUUCUCUAAAGGCAUGUUCUAUAUGAAUACUAAGCAGCAUGAAGGCAUUAAUGCUACAAUGCAAUCACUAAAAGAAGAAUAUGUUUUACUGAAAGAGUUUCAAACCGUUUUGGAGUAUAACUUGAGCACGAUAUCAGAGCUGAAUAAUUUCCUACAGCAAAAUGUUGAAAGAGUAAUAUUAAAUAUCACAGACGUGACCAAAAAUUUACAAGAACAAUUUAGUUUUCUUGAGUCAAAUUUCAAUGUAAAGAUAAAUAAAACUGUAAACUCCAUUAACUUCAUAUCCCCCAAAAUUGAUUAUUUUGAGAAAGUACUUAGUCCAGGAAGUGAUUCUUCAAUCAUUGAAAGAUUAAAAAAAGUAGAGGAAAAGCUAUAUUCCAUAGUGAACGAAGUUAAUGGAUCAAUUCCACAGAAAUUACUUGAAAUAGUUAAAACACAGAACGAAAUCAUGACCAACUUGACAGAGAUCACUGUCAUUUUGUAUAGCGAGACACGUGGAUCACCCAACUAUUCGAGGUCCAGAAUUCUUACUACAGAGUCGCAAAAAAGUGAUAUUUCGUGUCUGAUGCCAACACCUCAAGAUAAAACUGUCCUUAUGUACUACAAAGGUAGAGUGAUGGAUCAGGAAAAACCUAAGCUGAGUGAAGUUCCAUCUGGUGAAGAGUUAUGGUUUCAAUGUGAACACAUUGGUACCUUUAACUUAAAGGGUCCUUCAAAUACUCGAUGUGAAAACGGAAGUUGGAGCAAAGCGCCACCUAGAUGUGAAAAGCUUGAGAUCACUCAUCAAAGCAGUCGUACUGAAGAAAUCGUUUGCCCAAAAGCCUAUGGUGUUUUUCCCUAUCCAAAAGACUGUAGUAAGUUUAUAAACUGCUGGAAACAUCGACCGACCAUUCAGGAUUGUCCUCCUACUUUACAUUUCAGGGCAGCCAUAAAUAGUUGUGACUGGAAAAAGCAAGCGAACUGUCAUCCACGAAACAUAAAUUCUUCUAAGAAGAAAUUGCCCUCACCAAUUAUUUUGAUUGAGCCUGAUCCUUACCAACCAGACCACAGGCUUGGCGUUAGUUACACAGGGCAAUUAGUAGUGUAUCCUGGAACAUCUUUCAAAUUAACGUGUUUAUAUUCUGAAGAUGCAGGUGAUCUGAAGUGGACCUAUCAAAAUGACGAUUUAGGCGUUCAACCAUUGUACUCUACCAGAAAGAAGACAAACUCUUCUAGCAUUGAGAAUAAAUUAAUGAUCAACAAUGCAUCAGAAAAGCAUUCGGGAUCGUAUAAAUGUACUACACUAGAAGGAAUUCAGAAAGUAAUUGAAGUAACCGUACAAGCCAUUACUUGUCGAAAAUUAAAACAAGAUAACAGUUACAAGACGAUAAUGUCAACAGCUGUGCGAUUUGGCUGUCCGAAGGGUAAUGUUCUGAAUGGUUCUUCUACAAUAAAAUGUCUUCCGUCUGGGGAAUGGUCUGAUGAAGAACCAAAUUGUGUUUCUGAAGAUGACGCCACAUCGAAUCCACAAAUGGCGCUCACGAUUCCCAAAGAUCAAUGCUCAAGACCAGAUAUCUCUCAUCGACAAGGGUUAUUAUUAAAUCCUGAUAAACAAAGAUAUCGAUACGCUGAGAAAGUUACGUUCCACUGCAAGGCACCACUUAAAAUUAAGUUUGGAUCUGCAAUAAUGACUUGCAUGGAUGCAGGGUCUUGGAGCACCAAAAAUUUUCCACAGUGUGAACGAUGAUGAAAAUAUGGUUGAAUUUGAAACAACAACAAAAAUCGUAUAUUUUAACGUAUGCAUUGAUAACUUAUUAUAGAAAUAUCAUGUUUCACUUUCCUCGUAAUUUUCAUCUGCUUUCUUUUAUCCUUCUAUGAAAGAAUCUGUUUUGCAUCAUAAUAUUACCUGAUGCCAAAAGAUGGUCUUUAGUACGAAAUGUUUCGUUGUAACUCUUCUUACGUUAAUUCGUUAUUCUUAAAAGAGUAAAAAAAAAAAUAUUUGUAGCGCUUUUUCUUUUUUUUAUUGUUGUUUUAAUUUCAAAAAUAUUUCUAUAUUUUGUUCUUAAAUCUUGUUGACACAAGUAGCACAGCGGUAUGUCUGCGGACUUGCAAUGCUAGAAAUCGGCUUUCGAUAUUCGUGGUGGGCAGAAUACAGAUAGCCCAUUGUGUAGCUUUGUGCAUAACUUAAAACAAACAAGCAUUCCUUUUGGCAUAUUCUGUUUAAAUUCCAUGUAUGUUUAAAACGUGCCUGAGCCGCACCACAAAUUGUUGUAUAUUAAAAUCGCCUUUGUUCAAAAUUUUAAUAGAUAUAUUCAUAUAGUGUUUGGAAAGUUAGCUAAUCGCUUGGACACUGCGAUUAUGGAGAGAAAUAGAGAAAUUUGUUAUAUCCAUAUUAUGACACACACAAAGAGUGUAAGAAAAAUAAUAACAAAAACUUGUAUUCAAAUAACCUUUAUAAACAAGUUUAAUUUACUUUAAGCCCCCCCAGUGGCACACCGGUAUGUCUGUGGACUUACAACACUAGAAACCCGUGGUGGGCAGAGCACAGAUAGCCCUUGAGUAGCUUUAUGCUUAAUUAAAAAACAAACAAUUUACUUUAAGCAUCUCUCUAUCGUGUAUACAAAAUAAACGAGUCGUUAGUUGAUGUAAUUAAAUUGGAGGGGGGGAUAAAAAAAAUCAAGCUUUAAACAUAGACAGUUAUUUUAGUCUUCGGUCGAAGACAGUUCUUUGUUUACUAAGUUAUUCAUUAGUGACCUUUGGAAGUGUGAACUUACUGAAUGCAAUUAGUAGUAGUUGUUUUUUAUUUGUUUUUGAAUUAUACGAGGGCUAUCUGCGCUAACCGUCCCCAAUAGAGCAGUGCAAGACUAGAGGGAAGGCAGCUAGUAAUCACCACCCACCGCCAACUCUUGGUUUACGGAUAAAAGGACGAGCAUGUUUGGUGGGACGGAGAUUCGAACCCGCGACUAUCAUAUUGCCAAUCAAACGCCCUACCUACUUGGCCAAUAGCAGUCGGAUUUAGGCAACUUCGCAUAUUGUACGGAAGAUACCCCGCCCCUCGCGUGGUACAGCGGAAUGUCUGCGGACUUACAACGGUGUUUCUUUCCAUACUUGUGUUGGGCAGAGCACAGAUAACCCAUUGUGUAACUUUGUACUUAAUUACAAACAAACUUUUCUAUUCAUGGACAGUUCUGGGCAAGUUACAAUAUGUACUGUAACAUAAUGCAAAUGUUUUAACAAUAUUCUGGUAAGUAGCAACUUAGAUUAUGACAGGGGGGGGUUAUUAAUAUCAAUGAACUAAAAUAUUAUUUGUAUAGUGAGUUUUUUAUAGUUAUAGUAAAUUUAUCUAAAUUGAAAUAAAACACGAAUGGCUGUGUUCGUUGUAUAAUGUGUUUCAUUAUUCUU